AUGUCUUCAAAAUGGACAAGAAUAAAUGUUGACUUGAACCAAUUUGGACAAAGCGACGACGAGAAACCUAGUUCUUUAUGGUUGUACUACACUAAAGAUAAGUCUGUUUCCAAAAAUCCUGUCACUUCCAUCAUUGUCAAGCAAGGAAUUAGUCCUGCAAUAGGUGCAGAGUAUAAACGCAUCCCCGUAGAUCUUAAUAGAGAUGUAGAUCCAAUCACCGCAAUUACUGCUAAACAAUGUUUCACAAGCAAUUGCUAUAUUGAUGGCUGGGAUAGAGUAGAAAAGGAUUUGAAUAGAGGCAUUGUAGUUGGUAUGAGUGUGUACAUGUUUUAUAAAAGAGAACGUAACGAAGAUCCUGUGACAGACGUUGUCGUUAUUUUAAACGAUCAAACCCCACCUCAAGGAUACAACAAAGUUGAUGUUAACCUAAAUUCUGUACUUCGUGGUGACAACAUUUUCCUAUGGUAUAGAACAUCACCCAAAAAUCCAGAUACACUGAAGGAUGGCAUUCAAGAACUAGCGAUUGAAUUUGGAAAACAUCCCGUGACACCAUAUGGAUGGAAUAAAAUCAAUGUAGAUUUAAAUAGUGAAAAAGAAGGAAAAGGAGGAUUUGGUGAACCUACCUACUUAUUUUUUAAAAAAGGACAUAAAGGUAAUCAGACUCUACUUAGAAAGUGGGUUAUACAAGCAGCGACUUACUUUUUUUAA